AUGGAUAUACACAAUUAAAAUUGUAAAAAUAAUGCUGAAUAUCGAAAAAAAUAAGUUUAACUAAAUCUGUAGGUAGCUCGUUUGUGUGAAAAAGCAUAUAUAAAGAAACAUUAAAUUCAUCUAAAACAAGGAUUAAAAUUGUAUGAAUGAUUAUUAAAUUAGUAUGAAGGAAAUGAGAUUGAGAAAAUAGGAAGGAAUUUAAUAAAGUUAAGAUACAAGAUUAGUAUAUUAAGAAUAUAGAGUUCUAAAAUUAUUAAUUAGUUAUGGAGAGAAGGUUGCAAAUUAAGAGUUAGAUGCAAAAUGUAUAUAUUCUUGGUAGAUUUAGAUCAUUUAAUAACUUAAAAUGAAAUAAUGGCAGCAUAAUAAAGUAUAGAAGAAGAGAGUAUAUAAGAUUUAAUAGAAUAAAUGAAUAAAUUGAUAAAUUAAAGAUUAAACUAUUGUUAUAAAUGUAAAUAUAUGUAUUUAAUAAUUUGAUUAGCCAAGAUGUAAAAUUUUGGAAGUAUUUCAUUUAGAUUAAGUAAAUUUAGAUAAGAUAGUCCAAAAGAAACAAGAGAUUCAAAUAAAUUAAAUUCAUUUUCAGAUUAUAUCAAUUUAAAGUAGAUUAAAAUAUUAAAAAUAAAAGUUUUGCUUUGAAUUCUAAUUAAUCAGGACCAAAGAUUAGAUCAAAACCUUAAACUCCAGUAUCAAUAAUGGGGAAAUUAAAGAAAAAUGGAAAGAUUAGUUAAUUUUUAGAAAGAUAGAAAUCAACAAAUUCUAUUUAAAAUACUGAGGAAGGAGAAUAAGAUUAAUUAAGUAAUUUUUAAACAAAGAAAAAGAGUUGUUUUGCAUAGACAGCGAGUUCAGAAAGUGAUUUAGAUUUAAGUAUAGAGAAUUUAGAUUAAUAAUAAAAGGCAUAUGAAUCAAGUGAAUAGAUAUAAUUUGAAUAAGAUUGUUUUUUUGCAUCAGAAAAAGGAUAUUUUUCAGAUACAGAGAUAAUUAAAUUAGAUGCAUAGAAUAGAAAUUAAGAGAGAAAUAUUUGUUUAAAAGAUUUUUAGUUUAUAAGAUAAAUAGGUUAAGGUGCAUAUGGAGGUGUAUUUUAAGUAAAAAGAAUAGUAACAGGAGAUUAAUAUGCUCUUAAAAUUAUAAAUUGUUCAAAUAGACCAUUUGAUAGAUUAUUAUCAUAAUUAAAGUAAGAGAGAAAUAUAUUUGAAAUUUUAACAGGAGAAUAUGUAGUAAAAGCUUUUUAUUCAUUUUAACAUUAAUCAUCAUUAUGUUUUGUAUAAGAAUUUAUGCUUGGUGGAGAUUUUGCUAAAAUAUUAAUGAUAGAAGGGGUAUUUAAAUAAAUAAAUUUUAAUAGGCAUUUGAUGAAAAUAUAGCAAGACAUUAUUUUGCUGAAAUUUUACUUGCAUUAGAAUAUUUACAUAAUAAUAAUAUAGUGCAUAGAGAUUUAAAACCAGAAAAUAUUUUAUUAGAUUAGAAUGGUCAUAUAAAAUUGGCUGAUUUUGGAUUAAGUGAAUUAGGAUUCAAUAAAAUGAUGGUUAAAAGAAAAGUGAGUUAAAGAGAUAUAAUGAAAUAAGAUUUACCAUCUUCUCCUGUUUAUAUUAUAAAGAAAGGAGCAUCAUUUAAAAAAUCAAGAUCAACAAAUAGUUAAUUUGAAAAAGGAUCUGAAGAAGAGAGAAGAAGAAUUGUAGGAACACCAGAUUAUAUAGCACCAGAAAUAAUCAAAGGGAUAUCUUUUUCAAAUAAAUCUUUAGAUUAUUGGUCUUUAGGAAUAUUUUAUUUGAAUUUCUAGUUGGAAUACCACCAUUUAAUGAUGAAUCAGUUGAUAAGAUUUUCUCUAAUAUUUUGGAAGGAAAGAUUGAAUGGCCAGAUAUUGGUGAUGAUCCAGAAACUUAAAUUUCAGAACAUGCUUAUGAUCUAUUAAAAUAAUUAUUAAAUCCAGAUUAUAAUUAAAGAUUAGGUCAUAAUUCAAUUGAGUAAAUUAAAAAACAUACAUUUUUAAAAUCAAUUAAUUGGAAUAAAUUAAGAAGUUAACCAGGACCAAUUAUACCAAGAAUUCCUUAGAAUUCAUAAUCAUUCGAAAAUGUUUAAGAAAAAUUAUAAAAGUUCUUAUAAAGAAGUGAAAGAAAACAUUCAUAAAUAGUUUAAAAGUUAUAAGAUGAAUUAGAAUAUUUAGAAAGAGUUGAUCUUUUAAUAGCAACAAAUGAAAAAGAAGUUUGUUAAAUAAAAUCAUAAUUUAAUUUAUGAUAUUUUAAUCCUGUAUAAUAAUACUAAUCUAAAUAUAUAUUCUCUAUAUAUAUGUAUAUUAAUUGGUUGUUUUUAACUGUUAUAAUAAUAAAUUAUAUGA